CUACAAACUCCACGAGCGCAGAUGUGAGCCCAUUGCCAUGACGGUGCCCCGCAAGUCAGACCUGUUCCAGGAGGACCUGUACCCCGACACGGCCGGGCCUGACCCCGCCCUGACGGCAGAAGAAUGGUUCGGGGGCAAGGACGCCGGUCCCCUGCUCAUCUCCCUGAAGGACGGAUACGUCCCGUCCAAGAGCCGCGAGUUUAAAGUCAACAAGAGCAUCCUGGAGCCACGCCGGAGCCAGACCUGCUCCGAUGGGGGCAGCCCUGGGGCGCUGGAGAAGUUGACUGAGGACGUGCGGCAGCUGCAGGCGAUGGUGGCGGAGCAGGAGCGACGCAUCGCGGUGCUGGAGGCCAAGGCUGCCAAAUAGCCGGGGGGAGCCUCCGUCCCCCCCCAACCUUCUGUCUAACUCAGGGCUGCCCCACGACACUGGAACCUUCCUGCCCCCCCCCCAAGCUUUGCCGGCUGGAGCCUCCUCCC